AUGAAGAUUUACUUGAGACCGCCCGAAUCCAAAUCCCGAAAGGAGGACGUGGAAGUUGACUUGAACCCAGAUGAGCUGAUAGAAAGCCUCCGCAAGAAGGUUCAGGAGAAGACCGGUCUUGACUGCUACAAGUUGAAAUAUCAGGGUAAAACCCUCAAAGACGAUGAGACGCUGCGUCAGCACAAGGUGGAGGAAGGUGUCACAAUCAUGACAGAGCCCGAGUUCCACGGCCAGUACCUGCCCAUGGGAGUUCAACCUUCGAUGGAGAAGAGGAAAGCCGAAGAGGAGUUGGACAAGGUUGUCGAGCUGGCACCGGAGGUCAAGAAAGCAGCCACCGUCGCAGCGGCAGAGAACAUCACCCAAGCCGAGGUAGCUUGGUGCGGCAUUCGUGCCGGUGCAUAUGGCGAGAAAGGGAUGCGAAGACAGAUGGAGGAUGAGACAGUGAUCUGCGCAUCGCUCUGCGAUCUGGUGCCUCAGCUCUCCGCGGAGCGGAACUUCGCGCUGUUUGGGAUAUUCGAUGGCCACGGCGGCAAGCAGGUGGCAGAAUUUGUUCGGACUUAUCUAGCUCCAGAGUUGGCCAGCGCGUAUGCCAAUGACGAGCCCAAGCAGGGUCCGAUUUCGGACAAGAGGCUCAUGAAGGUCACGGAGGCUGUGUUUCAGCGCAUGGACGCGCGGAUCGCGACAGAGCUAGCAGGUGCCUAUGAUGGAUGCACAGCAAAUGUGGUUUUAGCUAAUGCGGACAAGAUGAUUUCUAUCAAUCUUGGUGAUAGUAUGGCUUAUUUGUGCCGUCGGAAGGAUGUUGAUGACCAGGAGGACACGCUCUGCAUCCCCCUACAGCAGCGGCAGCACAAGUGCUGGAUGAUGAAGGAGAAAGAGCGCAUCCUGAGGUCCGGCGGGGCUGUGGAGAACGGCCGCAUCAAUGGCAUCCUGGAGGUCUCCCGUGCCUUUGGCGAUUUGACGCUGAAGAAGUUUGGAGUGCUGUGCACGCCUGAGUACAUGAAGUUCCAGAUGGACAGGGAGAAGGACCGCUUUGUCAUUCUGGCUUGUGAUGGCUUCUGGAAUGCAUGGACAGCUGCUGAAGCGCUGGAGUACACGCACAGCCUUGUGACCAACGAGGAGGGUCGUGCCGAGCUCGAAGCAGAUUCCAUCGAUAUCCGAGGUGUUUGCAAGGAGCUGGUGCAGCAUGUUAUCGAAGAGAGGAAGGCGCAGGACAACGUGAGCGUCGUUGUCCUGCAUAUCAUGCCGCAGGCAGGCUGA